AUGACUCGACCGUCAAGGAUCCUCGAGACGGCGGCAACGCCACCACCACAACCGUCGGAGCAGAUGCUCGCGGCGGAAUCCGACAUGGUGGUGAUCUUGUCGGCUCUUCUCUGCGCUCUCAUAUGCGUAGCUGGCCUUGCCGCCGUUGUACGCUGCGCUUGGCUACGGCGGUUCACCAGCGGAGGAGAUUUGCCGUCGCCGAACAAAGGCUUGAAGAAGAAAGCGCUUCAGUCUCUCCCAAGAUCCACUUUCACGGCCGCUGAAUCAACCUCCGGUGCCGCCGCUGAAGACGGCAGAGAUUCAACCGAAUGCGCGAUUUGCCUCACUGAUUUCGCCGACGGCGAAGAGAUCAGAGUCCUUCCUCUAUGUGGUCAUUCGUUCCACGUGGCGUGUAUUGACAAAUGGCUGGUUUCUAGAUCUUCGUGUCCUUCUUGUCGCCGGAAUCUUACACCGGUGAGAUGUGACCGGUGCGGCCACGCUUCCACGGCGGGGAGACAAAUGAAGGAUCAUCAACAUCAACAACACUCUACGCAGCUCACUUCCUCUAUUCCUACGUUUCUUCCUUAA